GGCCCCGCUGCCAGCCCGCGGCCGCUGCCGGGCGGGGAGGGGCCGCUGCGGGCGCUGCGCUCCUUCCCCAUGGGCAGCCGGGCGGCCGAGGGCGCGGGGGGCGAGGGACUGGCAGAAGAUGGAACGCCAGAAGCACUCGAUGGGGGGUCAAGGAGGCUUACCAGGGAACAGCUAUUUACGAUGGCUGCGACAGCCUCCAUAAACUUCAGUUCCAUGAUAUGCUAUUCAAUCCUGGGACCCUUUUUCCCUUCAGAGGCAGAAAAAAAAGGUGCCAGUAGCACCGUUGUUGGCCUGAUUUUUGGAUGCUUUGCUUUGUUCAAUUUCUUGGCUUCUUUAAUCAUGGGAUAUUAUCUUACCCAUAUUGGAGCAAAAUUCAUGUUUGUGGCAGGGAUGUUUGUUUCUGGAUGCGUGACCAUUCUGUUUGGGAUGCUGGACAAGGUGCCAAGUGGACCAAUGUUCAUUGGAUUCUGCUUUUUAGUAAGAGCAAUAGAUGCAGUAGGUUUUGCAGCAGCAAUGACAGCAUCAUUUUCAAUCCUUGCAAAGGCAUUUCCCAGUAAUAUAGCUACUGUGCUGGGCAGCCUUGAAAUUUUCACAGGACUUGGACUGGUGCUGGGCCCACCUUUAGGUGGCUUUUUGUACCAAUCAUUUGGUUAUGAGGUCCCUUUCAUUACACUGGGAUGUGUGGUGUUGGUCUUGGUGCCUGUGAAUAUGUGCAUAUUACCAAAAUACGAUUCAGUCCCUAGUAAGGACUCCUUUUGGAAGCUCGUUCUUCUGCCAAAAGUGUUACUACUCUGUCUUACUAUAUUUUCUCUAAGUGCAUGCUUGGGCUUUUUGGAUCCAACAAUGUCUCUAUUUAUAAUAGAGAAGUUCAAACUCCCAGCUGGUUAUGUGGGCUUGGUAUUCCUUGGUUUGGCACUCUUGUACUCCCUGUCUUCUCCUCUGCUUGGACUCCUAAGUGAUAAGCUGCCAUACCUCAGGAAGUGGCUGCUGGUAUCUGGAGGCUUACUGACAGCACUGUGCUUUUUCUUCUUAGGACCUGCUCCUGUACUGCACAUUGAAAGUCGGCUGUGGAUGUUUGUGCUAAUGCUGGUUUUGAUUGGCCUUUCCCUUGGCAUGAGUGCUAUCCCAGUGUUUCCAGAGAUCCUGCAAUGUGCAUAUGAGAAUGGAUUUCAAGAAGGGCUGAGUCUGCUGGGACUGGUGUCUGGGCUCUUCAAUGCCAUGUGGUCCCUUGGGGCAUUUGCAGGUCCCACUCUGGGAGGAUUUUUAAAUGAAAAGCUGGGUUUUGAAUGGGCCGCAGCCAUCCAAGGAGGAUGGGCACUGUUAAGUGGUCUUGCAACUGGAAUAUUCUAUAUCACUGAGGCAACAAAGAAAAGUUCCAACCUCCAGAAUCCUCCUGGUAAUAAUCAAGAAAGAACUCACCUGAUAGACGAUGAAACAUAGCCAGACAUACUUUCAAUUAUCUGUUUGUGGUUUAACCUAAUGUUGAAAUGAGUGGACUUAAUAACUUUUCAUUACUCUGGAGCAGGAAUACACGAUCCCUUAGUGAACAACCAGUUGUGGUUUAGUUGUAGCUGCAUUACUGUUUGGAAACACUAAACACAGAGCGCCUUUCUUCUGUAAGUCCUCACGUGGAUUGGCUGAAGUGAUGAACAACCCUCAGACAUCAGUUUGUCUAAUUGUGUUCCAUAUAUAGUGCAGCACUUCAUAUGAAUAGGUGUGUUUUCAAAUGUCUGGUUUCUAUGCUUGAGUGUGCUGUGCGUUAUUCUUGAGUAAAGCUACUAUUUUGCUACUGUGAUUUUCCAUAUUUUUCUAAAGAAAGUUCAUUAUCUUGUAAUACUUUAACUGAUAACAUAAAAUGCUGAAACAGAAUUUGAAAUGACAAAACAAUUAAGCACAAUGUUAUUUUCAAUAAAGCAACUUUUUUAAAGUUUUGUGAAUUUUCUUAGACAAGAGUUUAAGAGACUUUUGCCUACCAGCACUUGAAUUAUCUUGGAAGUGCUUGAAAAUGGGUGGCAAAGGUGAAAACAAGAGUUAGCAUCUCCAUGUAGAACUAACUGAUCUUCAGUCCUGGAGGAGACUUCCCAUCAAGUGUGUAUGUAUGUGGACAUACACAUACAGACUCGUGUAUGUUUGUAUUAUAUAUGACAACUCAACUUGGUGUAUGUGAGAUCUAAUUUACUAAUAAAUCCCAGUUGAAAUGUUUUCACUAA